UACAGUGGGAGGGACAACCCCGCCCAGUAUUUCAGUUUCAAACCAGCCUUCCAGGGGAGAGAGGGACAGGGCUAGAGUCGCUACAGGGUGGGAGGAAGAGGAGGUAUUGAAACCAGCCACAAAAAUCCCAGGCAAAAAGCGGUCCAACAAAACUAGUUCGAAAGUGGAUGCUUUUUACUGGCCUGACGAUGCGGAAGUAGCAAAUGCACGGAAGUUUGGAGGAGAAACUUCAGAAUACGGGUUUGUUUUGAGAAGGGGGACAGAGAGAGAGGAGACUGGAAGAUGGACAAAGCCAUCAAAGAGGGACAGUUGUAUGUCUUGCUACUUAAAUUCGGCAAGAAACACUGGAAGAAGAAUUGGUUUGUCUUGUAUCCAGCCAGCCAGAAUGGGAUCUCCCGGUUGGAAUUCUAUGACAGCAAGGAUGGGGCCAACUUGUCGGAGAAGCAGGCCACCAAAAAAAUGGACAAAAAGAUUAUCCGGCUGUCUGACUGCAUAAGCAUUGCACACAUACCAAGCGAAGUCUGUCCGAAGGAGUCCAUGUCUGCUUUCACCAUUGAAACAGCAGAGAAGCUGUACACCUUUGCUGCAGAAAAACAAACGAGUGCAGACUGGGUCGAGAAACUCUGUGAAACUGCAUUUCCAACUCCUGAUCCCUGCUGUGGAGCAAACUCAAAACCUUUGGAGAUGGCAGAGAACAGUAUCUACUACUCUCGAUCUGAAGUGAAUGAGUUCUGGGUGAACGUGCAGAAGACAGAAGCAGCAGAGAGAUGUAAUCUCCAUGGGACGUACAUUCUUAAAGCAGACAAGGAGAAGCUCACACUAAAAGAUACCAAAUCUGAUCAAGUUCUGUUCAACUGGCCCUAUAAGCUUCUGCGGCGGUAUGGAAGGGACAAGGUCAUGUUUUCAUUCGAGGCUGGGCGCAGAUGUGAUUCCGGUGCGGGGAACUUCACCUUUGAGACCAAGCAUGGCAACGACAUCUUCCUGCUGGUGGAGAGCAGCAUCCUGGAACAGAAGGCCCAGGCUGAGGGGAUCCGCCGAAGUCUCCCCCCGUCAGAGGCAGGAGACCAUGCUGCCUUGAGCUCAGUGGAACGGAGCCCCGAAUGCCCAUCACUUGAUGCAUCCCCGGCCCUUUCCUCCGAGGUGUUGGUGGUGGUGGGCACCAGCAGUGGGGGUCCAGCAGGCAGCCCUGACCACAAAUCCGGUUUAACUGAGGGCCAGGCCACACCCCACAGAAAGGAGCAGGCCCCGCCGCGGGGUGCGGAGGAGAAGGAGUUGUCCAAACUCCUCAAGAACCGGAGUCUGCCAGAGCCCCCGGCUGUGGGCCCCCCGACGCCACCGAGGUCCCCCAAGAUGUCCGCGUCGAGCAGCGAUCUGGCCUCCGUCUACUCUGACCCCGUGGACGCCCUGACCGUCGGCAAGUGUGGCUCAGACUGCCUGUACUCCGAGCCAGUUGACAGCGUCCCGACGUGCAAGCCCCAGGAGCCUGCGGCCUGGAAGGGCUUCAAAGACCGGAAAGCGCCAGGGCAGAGGGCGGAGCCUCUGUACGCGGACAUUUACGAGCGGGUGAACCAGGAUUUCUCCCGGCUUGCCCCUGGCGCUGGCCCAGCGGAGGAGCAUAUCUACGACGAGCCGGAGGGCCGGGCAUUCCAGCAGGUCCUGGAGGCCCGGGCCCCCUACCCCCUGCCCCCCUUCACUGCCAUCUACGACCAAGCUCAGCUGGCAGACUCGGCCGCUUGGAGAAGGAAGGGGUGCGUGGCAGGGCAUGCUGGGAAGGACGACGGCUCGGGCUCACCCCCACCGAGGGCCGUCGAGGCACAAGCUGCCAAACCAAAAAAGCCCAAGCCCUUGCCUGCACCGAAACCCACCAGCGGGCCAUUUGUAAAAGACAGGCGGGCAGACAUCAAGGAGUCUGGGAGGGAGCUAGUUAACCCUGAGCGGCCAACGCUUAAAACCAAUUUCAACAGCUCGAAUAACUGCAUCUACAGUAAGGUUGUGAAGCCCAAGCGGCUGGAGAAAGAAGUGUCAGUGGACGACGUCAACAUUAAGCCAGAGUCAAUUUAUGAAGAUCUUGGGAACCUUUGAUAGAUUCAGUCAGCUCUUCUGGGUAUUUCUUUGUUUUGGCUCUUAAAACAAAUUGUAAUUCUUUGUUCACGUGUGUCUCUGCGAGUGCUGUUACAAGCAGGGAUACAAUAUUAUUACCUCAUCUUAUGAACAGCAAAGAUUAAACUAUGAUCGGUAUCAUUGGUAUGUCCUUGUGUUCGACUAAAUGGUGAAACUGAGAUGAAUUUUACAUACUGAGAUACAAAAGACUGCAUCUCUAGAAAAUGUUUUCACAGAGCCAGGUACCAGAAUGGACAAAUUUCCUCUUCUCUAUAUUAAAUGUGAAAAGAGCCCUAAUGUGAUUGUGACGUCCCCUAGCUCAGUUCCUCUUGGGCUUGUAGCAGGAGAUCAACAGUCCAAUUUUCUUAGACAUCCACUUGGCCCUGCUUCCUAGUUUUGGUGGACCAUGUGGAACGAGGAUUUCUCAAUUCAUCCUGAGCAGAAACUUCAAGCCGACUCCUGUUUACAAAUGAAACAAAAACUGAAGUUGCUGGAAAAGCUCGGCAGGUCUGGCAGCAUCUGUGGAGAGAAAACAGUUAAUGUUUCGGGUCUGGUGACCCUUCCUCAGAGCUGUUUACAAUGUUCCACCUGCCAUGUGGUGAGAUGUAGGAUGACUCUGUUAAGGGAUGGGUGAGAAGAAGAGGAGAACAUACAAUAUUGGGGAAAGCCUCUUGCAAAAGAUGGACAAGAAGAUCAUGCCACAGAAGUAGAUGUUUCUUACACACAAUAGAAAAGUGCCCAAAUGGUGGUACUGAAUCUGGAACACCUUUUUUGUUUUUGUCACCAACUAUCUGUGGUGAAAGAGACCUCACCAAUAUGUGCUGUGAAGUUUACUUGUUUGAAUGAGAACUAUUAACUCUUCAUGAGGACUGUUUGCCAGACCUUCCUUUUAUAGUGGCCAUGUAGACACUUUUUAUUUCCUCGUUGUUAUUCCAGAGCCAUUAUUGUUUUCUGUUAUGUGUAUUGUGCUUUGAGGAUGUAUGGAAUCAUAUAGUCAUUCUGUAAAAUAUGUGUUGUUUGUGAUCCUGCUUCACUGUAUGACUGCUCACGAAAACAAUUCAUUGAUGCUGCAGGUAGGAGUAAAAACAAUAUGGGCAAGUGAUGGUUUUGUUUUUCUGUCUCUAAAUUCUGUUUCUUGCACCAGUGACUCCUUACCAAGUUGCUGCAGUUGGGAAAUUGGCUUGUGGGCACAGGAUCAAUAUCCCUCGAUUAUUGAGGGAAUUGAUGUUAUUUUCUUAACCAUACAGUCUUCCUUUGGAGAAUAGUGCCAAGUGGCUGAAGGAUUUGCAGGUUGUUGGGCUGUAAUAUGAAUGCUCUUUCUGUGGCAAUGAACACACAUUGACCAAAAGGUGGGACAUUAGACCUCGAGAUUGGAAGGGCUUCAUGAACUCUUGCAGUCCAUUUAACAAAGUGAAGAGGUCACUCAUUUCCACUCACUACGUUUUUCAUCUAGUAGGAACUGCACUCAGUCCAGAACUGCAUCCAUUUGUCAGAGCUUUCUGGAGCAGUUUUCAGAGGUGGGAAUACAGACCUUGAGCCAAAUAUUUGCUGACUGAGGGAUUGGGAAGAGGGAAAUAAAAAUGGCAAUGUUCAUGUUUGUGACCAAAUAAACCUGUUGGCUGUUGACAGUAGCCGCCCACUGAUCCUGCUCCUGUAAAGUUAUAGGCCAAGCUUUUUAAUUACAAAAUACAUAUAGCAUAGAAAUGGGCCAUUCAUCAAUCAACUUAUUAUGCUCCAUGUAACUCUUUCCCUCCCAUCAAAUUAUCCUUUUAUUCCUUUCUACUCUUGUGUUUAUUUAACCUCCCCUUUGACUACUCCAUGGUCGCAUUCCACAUUCUAACCAAACUGUAAGUCAUGCCUGACGUUUUGUAGAUCUCUGAAUACAUUGUCUUUGAAUAAAUUGUCAGAACAUCAAAAGAGAAGUGUAGAACUGGCAAAUUUUGAAGUUCAGCCUUGAAUUCCAAAACUUACAGGUGAAGUAAAACUUGGGAGAGUAGUGAUGGAUAUCAGGUAGAUUGGUCAGGCAGAAUUAAUGCAGUAAUUAAUACAGAUAAAUUUAAUGCAGUAAAUAGAGAAGUUUUGGAUGAAAAAUAUGCAAUUUGGAAGGGGAUACAGGAACAUAAAGAAAGAGAGAGAAGCCUGGGGGGAAAUGUGCACAAAUUGACAGCAGUGAGAAAAGGUUAAAAGGGCAGAGGGAAUCCUGGACUUUACAAAUGGACAGGGAGUACAAAAGCAAGGAAAUUAUGGUGAACCCUUAGAAAACCCUGGCUGAACCUCAACUGCAGUGUUGGAGUAUCCUUGUUAAACGAGGUGCUCAAAGGGUAGGUGAGAAUGAUAGAUCAGCCAUACACCUAAUGAAUGGUGCAAUAGGCUUGAAGGGCUGAAUGGCCUACUCCUGGUUAACUUUUGGGAACUAUUAUGGGAAAAAUGUGAGGGCUUUAGAGAGGACAUGGAAAAUAUUCACGAGAAUGAUUCCAGGGAUGAGGAAUGUCCUUUACAUGAAUAGCUUGGAGAAGGUGGGGUCGCUAUCAUUGAAGCGUUCUGGCCUAAAUGUGACUGCACACCCACAGUUAUGUGGUUACAAACAUCCCAUGUAAGAUUUAAAAAAAAAAUCUCUCUUCUAUUAAUGCACUUCUCCCAACCUAAAUAUUUGACCAAACUUUUGGACACCUGUCAUAAUAUCUUCUCUUGCCAGUAUAAAAUUUUGGUUGAACGGCCCUGUGGAGUACCUUGGGGCCUUUUACUAAAGGUAGUGGUGCUAGGAAACAAAAUAUUCACCUUUUGGUCAUCUUGGACAGCUGAUACAGUUCCAGGUGUUUUGUGAUCUUUCCAGUAAAAGGUUUAAGAUUAAUUUGUCCAGUAAUUCGUGGAUAUAUGUUAGGAGUUUAUUUUGUCUGCUAUGGAACCCUUAGUUCCUAAGCAUGAGACAACAAAAUAAUUAAAGAUUUCUGCUAUCAUUAAUUCUCUCUUGUUAAUCUUCGCUGGCACCCUGUUCUGAUAUUGCAUUUUGUUUUUUGCAAGGAAGAAAAUAAACUGCCAGAUCCUUGGGGAAAUACCAGUUUUUUUUUUCAAACUUUAAAUAUGAUUAAUCAAAGGUCAAUUUGCUUCCAAGGCAAUGCCUUGUAUUUAUCUAGUUAAUACCCGCAAAGGUUGAUCCCCAGCAGAUUGUCAUCUUUGAGGAGAGAUGUUAAAGCCAUGGUUAUGUUUCCAAUUUAUUUUAUCAUCUUUCUCUCUUCCUGUCUGCCCUUGAGGGUUAACUGAUUGACAGUCCUGGUUCAAAGCAGAUGGUUUCUGAUAUUUAUUUUCAACCAACAUAACUAAACCAGACCAUUGUCUCGUUGCUGUCUGUGGUAACUGCACCAUUCAAAUUGGUUUGCUCUAGUACUUCUGUUAAUACCAUGAAGAUACUUCCAAAAAUUACUUCAGCUCUGAAUUGUUUUCUGAGAUGCUGAUGUUUUGGGAAGUGUUGUAUAUGUCCAAGUUCAAAAAGAAGGGGCUAAAAUUCUUGUUAAAGAAAGAACAUUUUGGAUAGUUCAUUCCCAUAGUUGAUAAGACCAUAAGACAUAGGAGCGGAAGUAAGGCCAUUCGACCAAUCGAGUCCACUCCGCCAUUCAAUCAUG